AGAAGCCCAGGCAGCCGCUGAGCUGUGCCACUUCCAACUGCUAUUCCACAGUUCAAACAGUCGCUGUUUAACAGCAUAUACGUGUAUAGCACCGGGAACCGUCUCCGUCGCCCUGGAUACCUGUCCGUCGCUUUCAGGUUUUACUCGGUUCACCGCGAACCACGGCCACCGUUGGCUGAGUGGACUGAAUGUGGAUUUAACUGCUGCUUUAUUCUACAGGCCGCACCGCCAUUGCUGCUGUUUUUCUAAGCUAAAUUCUUGAAAAUACCGAGGAUACACACCUCCUCACCAUGAAGAAAAAAGGCAGAAACCACCGCCCAUCUGUGCUAAAGAGGGAGUCUUCUCCCAUCAAGCCAUCACCUAACAGGGAAACACUUACGUAUGCACAAGCUCAGCGAAUGGUGGAGCUGGAGGUGGACGGCCGAGUGCACCGGCUCAGCAUCUAUGACAAGCUGGAUAUCAUCGCUGAUGAUGACCCCACGGCCCAGGAGAUCAUGGAGUGCAACAGCAACAAAGAGAACAAUGAGAAACCCCAGCAGGUCCUGGUUCGCUCUGUGCGGCUCAAAAAUAACCAGCAGAAGAAGAACGCUGCUCUCACCACCUCGCAUGGUGGCAGUACCGGCAGCUUGUUGGAGCCAAAGUUUAGAACAGUUGAGUACAAUUUACCAGUGGUGCCGAAGAGGUCGGUGACAUAUUACCAAUACACUGAGAGGACGGCAGAGGAGUUGGAUGAGGAGGUGGAGUACGACAUGGAUGAGGAAGACUAUGCCUGGCUGGAGCUUAUUAAUGAGAAACGGAAGAGCGAGGGCAUCAGUCAGGUGUCACACAACCUGUUUGAGUUUAUUAUGGACCGCUUUGAGAAGGAAUCUUAUUUAGCCACGCAGGGUCAGAACGACCUCCAGUCGCUGGUGGACGAGGAUGCCGUCUGCUGCAUCUGCAUGGACGGAGAUGGAGCAGACAGUAAUGUCAUCCUUUUCUGCGAUUCCUGUAACAUCCCAGUGCACCAGGAGUGCUACGGUGUGCCGUACAUCCCUGAAGGUCAGUGGCUGUGCCGCCACUGCCUGCAGUGUCCGUCACGACCAGCCGAAUGCCUCUUCUGUCCCAACCGAGGAGGAGCUCUGAAGAAGACAGACGAUGAUCGCUGGGGCCACGUAGCAUGCGCAUUGUGGGUGCCUGAAGUUGGUUUUUCCGACACGGUUUUCAUUGAGCCCAUCGACGGUGUCUGCAACAUCCCGCCUGCCCGCUGGAAGCUGACCUGCUACCUCUGUAAAGCAAAGGGUGCGGGAGCUUGCAUCCAGUGUGACAAGAUAAACUGUUACACUGCCUUCCACGUCAGCUGUGCCCAGAAGGCCGGUCUCUACAUGAAGAUGGAGCCUGUCAAAGAGGUUACUGCAUCUGGAGCCACCACCUUCUCUGUGAAAAAGACUGCUUACUGCUGCAGCCACACACCUGAAGGCUGCGAUCACCGGCCUCUUAAUAUCUACAAGGAGCCUCACCCCCAAAAUGGAGCCUUUCACAAGAGGGCGGAUAAGAGAGGGGGAAAGGCUCGCUCCAAAAGCUGGCAGAAGAAAAAGAUUAAAAGAUUAGAACCUGAACUGGAACCAGAACCUGAGAUGCCAACCAACUCUGGGCCCAGCAUCACUGCUUCAAGUUUCGAAACCAUCCUGAACCAGGUCGCGGUGCAGAGGAAGCGUCAAUUUGUUGAGCGGGUACUGAGCUACUGGGUGCUGAAGAGACAGUCGAGAAACAAUGUUCCCCUGAUCCGCCGACUACAGGCUAACCCUCAGCCGCCUAAAGCCAAGCAGAUGGACCGCGUGGAGACGAACCAGGCACUGAAGGAGCAGCUGAAAGAAUGGCACCGCCUUCGCCAUGACCUGGAGCGAGCCCGUCUGCUGCUGGAGCUCAUCAGGAAGAGAGAGAAACUGAAGAGGGAGGAGAUGAAGCUCCAGCAGUCAGUGCUGGAGGUCCAGCUGACCCCCUUCAACAUCCUGCUGAGGGCUGUGCUCAGUCAGCUGCAGGAGAAGGACCAGUACAGCAUCUUUGCACAGCCUGUCAGCGUUAAGGAGGUCCCUGACUACCUAGACCACAUCAAGAACCCCAUGGACUUCUUUACCAUGAGGAAAAGAAUUGAUGCUCACAGUUAUAGAAGUUUGGAUGACUUUGAGGCCGACUUUAACCUCAUAAUCACCAACUGCAUGGCAUACAACGCCAAGGAUACAUUCUUCUACAAAGCAGCUCAGCGGAUGCUGGACCACGGAGGAGUCAUCCUCCGUAGGGCCCGCAGGGAGGCUGAGAGGAUCGGCUUUGACUUCCCCAGUGGGCUGCACUUGCCCGAAGCCCCAAGACUGGAGGCACCACCUCCCUUCUCCUGGGAGGAUGUGGACCGCCUGCUGACCCCCACCUACCGUCAGCUGACCCCUCUGGAGGAUCAGCUAAAAGAGCUUCUGGAGAAACUGGACUUGAGCACUGCCAUGAAGCACAGCCCGUCCCGCAGCAAGAGGCUUAAGCUGCUCAAGAAGACCAUCAUGGAAGUACGUAACGAGAUAAGCCUGAAAAAGUCCCUCCCACCACUACCUCCCCCCUCCUCCUCCUCGGAUCUCGUCCCACCCCCCACUGAAUUGAAGGAGAAGCCACCAGCAGACCCCUGCAUAACACAAGAGGACAAGUCUUUACAUCCGCCAACAUUAGAGCUGUUAACCUCACCGUCCCAGCCUGAUGUCUCCCCCAGCAAGAAGGAGCCUCCAUCUCUGAAGCCCAUUAAUUCCUUAUCAGACCAGACUCCCAUGGAGCUUGAUGACAACAUCAACACAUCUACCUCAGUGUCCCCAGAAACCCCUUACGGGCACAUUCCAGACCAACCACUUCCCAAUGGAGACAUUCACAUAGAGGCCUCUGGUACCUGCAACCGACGGACCAACGUCCUAUUCCGCAAGUCCAAGAGCGCCAGCCCACAGAAACCACCCAAGGCCCAAGAGGUGUCUGCUGCAUCACCGCCACCCCUGGGAGCAAAGACUUUUCUUUCGGUGGUGAUCCCACGACUGGAGACCCUCCUCUUGCCAAAGAAAAGAACGCGCAGCAGCAGCGCUGACGGUGAGGAGGAUGAGGAGACGCCCAUCAAACGUCUCGGCACAGGUAUAGCGAAUGGUUUUGUGGUGGAGGAGAAUACAGCAUCGCCGUCUCCACGGCUACUAGAACCACGUCGUCGCUGCGCCUCCGAGUCCAGCAUAUCCUCCAGCGGUAGCGUUCUCUGCAGCACGAGCGCUGUCAUCAUGUCUAAAAGUGGUAAAGGGCGACCAGCUGUGGCUCGACGAAGCACUGUGGACGACAAAAGUACUCUGAUGCCCUGCAUUGAGAAAGGAGAAUUCACCAAAGCUGCCAAGAUCUCUUCAGAGGUGUGGAAACCCACUGCUGCUUCUCCAUUUGUUCUGGAGCCUCUUAAACUAGUUUGGGCUAAAUGUAAUGGAUAUCCCUCCUUCCCUGCCCUGAUCAUGGACCCCAGAGCUCGGAGGGCGGCGUCCCAGCACAAAGGGGUGGAGCUUCCCAAGCCGCCGCUGGACGUUCUCAGAGCAGGAGAGCAGAUGCAGUUCAGGUCCGCAGAGAAACUCUUCCUCGUCCACUUCUUCGACAGCAGGCGCAGCUGGCAAUGGCUUCCUAGUUCCAAGAUGGCUCCCUUUGGGAUCAACAAGGCGCUUGACAGAAUUAAGCUGACGGAGGCUCGCGCUUCCUCCCUUAGAAAAACGGUGCGCAUCGCCUUCGAUCGAGCCAUGAACCACCUGAAGCACGUCAGCAAGGAGCUGGAGCCGAGCACCAGCCUUACUGUCAUGGACUGAGGUCUACAACCAAUCCCACCCUCUCACCUCCACCAGCUCAAGAAUUUUCCCAUCAAACAUCUCCUUUUUAACCUCUGUUGUUUGGUUUUAGUUUUGUUUUAAAUACAGACACUGCAAAGACACUCUUGUCUCUGCCUCAUACGCACAACUCACAUACACACAUAUCAUGUUUACCGUUUCCUGUGAACUGGAACCAAAUGGUAUCAUCCCGUUGUCACACACCUGUCCCAUCUGUCUCAAUUACUGUAGCUUGUGAUGGUCACCCUGUUUGUCAAAGAGCUAUGCAAUGAAAAUGACUCAGUUAGCGAAUGCAAGAAAUGAAAUGGAAGAAAGAAACUUUGGCUGUGAGGACUGAAACAUUUGCAGGUUUAAGCCUGCUGAAUGUGUCAGAGUUUAAUCUCUGACCACUUUCAAUGUGCUGCAAGACUGCUGCAACUAUCUCACUGCCAUGAAAUAGUCCAUCUGUGUGUGUGUGUGAGAGAGCGCGAGAGAGAGAGAGUGUGUGUGUGUGAGAGAGAGAGAAACGGCAGCAGCUCCUGUAAAUAUCCCGUAUAUGGCCUAACACUAAUUUAUUCACUCCCUCAGUCUGUUUUGGUACAUAACAUUCUGAUAUUUAUACGGUCAGAGGUGAUUAUUCACGUCAUCGUAGCUGCACUGACAGCGUCGGUGUUUCUGCUGGUGCUAUCUCCACAGAGAGAAAAAACAAACAUGCAUACUGUAUCAAACAUUUUAUUUCAGCUUCUUUUUUUUAUGGUUUUUGUAAGUUAUUGAGUUCUCAAGCUUCAAGUUCUUGUCUGUGGCAUUACUUUUUUGUGUGUGCACCCCCACCCCUUUAUUUUUUUUCAUGUUUUUAUUGGACUACUUUUUUGUUUGUAGAUAUUUAUAUAAAAUCUAUAUAGAAACUCUCUAAGUUUAAAUGCCUAAAGUGCGUCAUUCACACCGAAACCAAAAAAAAAAAAAAAAAAAAGUUGGAGGGACUGCUACCCACAGGUUUCCCACUAAAGUUCUCUUUUUCUUUUUCAUUUUUUUUAACUUUUUUUUCCAGCUGUUUCAGGUGUUUGGCCUUUCGUGUGCUGUGAUGAAUUCAAGUCUUCUGUAAAACGUCACAUAACCAUCUUUUCCACCUGAACUGAACUUGUUUAGAAGAGAAUGUGCCUGUACUUAUUUAUUGUAAAGCAGAAAAUGUAUAUGCAUCACUUUAUAGAGGUGUGGUGAGAAAAAUACUACAGGCCGAGGAGCCAUGUAUAGAGGCCCCUCCCCUUCCUCUGUUGUGAAUCAUUUGAGUUUGUUUUUUUUUUUUCUGGGUUUAUAGCAUUAAAUCUGAGAGGUGAGGUGAUAGUGUUUGAUGUUUUCCUUUUGCAGGGUAGCUGUUUACUUUGGGCCCUCUCUAUGUGGAUGUUUUGUAAAUAGAUUUGGUACUUUAGCUGAUUCUCUGGGAUUAAACCACACUUAUAGCCAACGGGAGCAGAAACCAGCCGACGGCAGGCCGGUGGGAUUUUUAUACUAAAAACACUGAAAAUUAAAAUAUCAUAUUGAAUCACA